AUGUCUGCUCCAUUAGAUGCUUCGAAAUUGGAAGUAACCAAAACCACCAAUCCAAAAGACCCUUUACCAAAUUCAGAAUUGAAAUUUGGUCAAUCUUUUACUGACCAUAUUUUGGAAAUUGAUUGGUCAGCGGAUCAUGGAUGGCAUACACCUACAAUCAAACCAUACCACAACUUUUCAAUGGAUCCAGCAACAUGUGUUUUACACUACUCAUUUGAACUAUUUGAAGGUUUAAAAGCUUAUCGUGACUCCAAAGGUCAAAUUCGUACUUUCAGACCUGAUAAGAAUAUGGAAAGAAUGAAUAGAUCAGCCAAGAGAGCAUCAUUGCCUACCUUUGAUGGUGAAGAGUUUUUGAAAUUGGUUGACAAGUUUUUGCUCUUGGAAGAGAGAUUUGUACCUCAAGGUAAAGGAUUUUCAUUAUAUUUGAGACCAACUUUGAUUGGAACGUCUGUUGGACUCGGCGUAUCUGCCCCAACUAAAGCUAAGCUUUUCCUCAUUGCAUCUCCGGUGGGACCUUAUUUCGGAUCAGGUUUCAAGCCAGUUUCUUUAGAGGCUACUGAUUACGCUGUCCGUGCUUGGCCCAAGGGAGUUGGUUCUUACAAAUUGGGUGCCAAUUACGUCUCAUGUAUCGAACCCCAAACUGAAGCCGCCAAGAGAGGUCAUUCACAAAACUUGUGGUUGUUUGGUGACGAUGGAGAAAUCACUGAAGUUGGGGCCAUGAAUGUGUUUUUUGCAUUCAAAACUGAUGAUGGUAAAUCGGAAUUGGUUACUCCACCAUUAGCAGGAAUGAUCUUACCUGGUGUCACACGUGAUUCGACCUUGGAAUUGGCUAAAGAAAAACUUGGUGGUGACAAUUGGAUCAUUAAUGAACGUAAGUUGACCAUUCAUGAAGUUCAAGAAAAGGCUAAAAAGGGUCAAUUGGUUGAAGCUUUCGGUACCGGAACUGCUGCUAUUGUUGCUCCCAUUAACAAUAUUGAAUACAAAGGUGAACUGAUUGAAGUUCCCACUGUUGCUGGUGGUAGUGGUGAAAUUGCUGCUAAAGUAUGUGAAUGGAUUCAAAAUAUCCAAUACGGUGACGAAGAGUUUAAGAACUGGUCUAGAAUAGCUAAAUAA